AUGCUGCUUUUCUGCCCGACCUGCAGCAAUAUGCUCCGUGUGAGCCAAGUGCCACCGGGCGACCCAUCGACGGAGCACCACGCCGGCCAGAACCGCUUCGAAUGCCUUACUUGCCCAUACCAGUUCCUGAUCAAUAAGCGCUACUACGAGCGCAAGUACAUGAAGAAGAAAGAGGUGGAAGAUAUUCUAGGAGGCAAAGGAGCAUGGGACAAUGUGGAUCAAACGACCGUACAAUGUCCGAAUGAGAAGUGUCGAAACGAUAAGGCAUACUGGUAUCAGCUGCAGAUCCGCAGUGCGGAUGAGCCUAUGACGGCAUUCUACAAGUGCACCAAGUGUGCAAAGGAAUGGAGAGAGUAG